AUGGCCUGUCAGGACGUGUUUCUCUGCUUCCUCAUACCCUUUCCUUCACUUUGAGCCGGGAGCAUUAGAGAGGUAUAGUCUGCGUCCCAAAUGGCACCCUAUGGGCCCUGGUCAAAACUAGUUGACUAUAUAGGGAAUAGGGUGCCAUUUGGGAAGCACCCAUAGUCAAGGCCGAUUUAGAUAUCUUCUUUUGUUGUUAUGUGUCUGCCAGACAGGCGUGUGGGAAUGGGUACGGCACAUUGGUCUAGCUUGGUGCCAAUCAAUAUGACAAAGGUAUCAAUUAUCCACACUGUUCUGUGUUGCCGUCUCGUGAGCAGGGAGUUUUCAAACGUCAUCUGGAUGUUUUUGAUGUAUAGGCAAAUUAUUUUGGGGCCGGCCAUGUUGUGGCGCUCCACUGUUCUUCACGACUGUCGUCUCAGGCAGUCAUUACGAAUGGCACCUUCACGCCGCGCUACCCCACCCUUGUGCCUCGAUCCUCCUCUGACAGAUAGACAGGCGUAGGUCUCCGAGGAAGAGAAGGUGUAUUCGCCACGUUAGCCUUUCUCUUCAUGCAUCGUCCUUUUCAAUAACAGGAACAUUUAUAGACAUUUUCCUACAUAGGGGACUGUUGAGACUGUAGGUUGACACGUGUUGUCAGGGCAGGGUUGCAUAUCACCGUAAUAUAAAAGCAGAACUCGACAACAAAGCUUGGUUGUAAAUGAACAUUUUAAGAGUAAUAUGGGUCUUUGGUUUCAUUCAGUAAAAAAACAUGCAUAGUCUGCUAUACCGCCACUACUUCAGCCAAUAUAAUGACUCCAAAAAAACGCAUUGCAUUUUUAUAUGUGCAUAUAAGUGGAAAGGCAGAAUGUGGGCAAAUGGCCUUUUUAUGAUGGAAAAAAUCCAUAGGAGGUCAAAGCCCCUUGCAGGUGGCAGCAAUUAACUGUAAUUUUUGCAGAUUGUAAUGAUCCAUAAUUUGCCAGCCCCCCAGAUCUCUUUUCAGUGAAAAAAAAAGGUUAUGUGGAGCUGCCUUUGAUUGGGUGCACAUUUCGCCUUUGCUUGCUGGUCUUUAAAGGCCCACUCCUUGAUUUGAAAAACAACAAAACGGCAGGCCCACUUGGUUUUCUAUAAAGCUGAGGGAUGAAUAGAUGGGUAUAGCUAUAUCAUUGACAAGGGCCGUACAUAUCAAAGAGUGACUCUUUAAGAGGGAUUGUCAUGAGAUGGUCAGGGUGGCAGGGAGGCAGACGCGUGGAAAUCUGGUUUUCACAGCAUUCUUCUUCUCCUCCUUCAGGCUGCUCUAGCAGCAGGGGCCCAGCCUGCAUACUGUCCUCCUCACCCCUAGCCUCCACAGCCACAGUGGGGUACAGCAAGGUUGUGCUUCUGCCCCGUCCUUCAUCUUAGCAAUGGCUAAUCUUUAUAGCUGGCAGCACAUUCAGGUUUUUAGUUAAGUGUCUGCCUAGCCUGCCUGCCUGACAGAUAAAACAAAACAGAGAAAAGGAUAAGAAACAAUAGGAGAGAAGAAAUGAAAGCAGAGAUGAAAGAGAAGAAGAACAUUUGCGGAGUGGUGUAGAGAAUGCGCUACUUACUUUGCAUAUCUCACUUCUCCUUUCCCUCUCUCUUCUUCUUUUCUAUUCACCUGAGAGGAUUUAAAAUAAAGCUGUAAACCAUGAAACUAUCCGAAAUAGAAUAAUAAUACGUGAAAUGCAUUUUCAUAGUGCCACCCUCAAAUCGUUCUCUGGCUCUCUCCUUUUUGGUGUGUUUUCUUUUAGAGGUGAAACUGUCCAUUUUAUUAACAUCUGACCUUGUUAUUUGUAUUCAGUGCUUAUAUAUAUAUAUAUAUAAAUAUAUAUAUAUAUAUAUAUAUAUAUAUAUAUAUAUAUAUACAGUCCAGUCAAAAGAGAAUGCCAAGAGUGUGCAAAGCUGUCAUUAAGGCAAAUGGUGGCUAUUUGAAGAAUCUCAAAUAUAAAAUAUAUUUUGAUUUGUUUAACACCUUUUUCGUUACUACAUGAUUCCAUAUGUGUUAUUUCAUAGUUUUGAUGUCUUCACUAUUAUUCUACAAUGUAAAACAUUGAAAAACCCUUGAAUGAGUAGGUGUGUCCAAACCUUUGGCUGGUAGUGUAUAUAAAAACCUUUCAUGAACUUUUUCCCCCCUUAUUAGCUCUGACUUUGCUGGUAGCUACUUUACUGAGGAAAAAUGUACUUACCAGGACUGAGACAUGUGUUUGUCCCACCUAGCUAUCUUAAGAUGAAUGCAUUAACUGUAAGUCACUCUGGAUAAGAGCGUCUGCUAAAUGACUAAAAUGUGAAAUGUAAAUGUAUCAGCAUUAGAUACAUGUUCUACUUUAGCCCCUCUAAUUCUCUAAACACAUCUAUGGAGGAUGGUUGAGUGUGUUUAACGAGAUUACAAAUGCAUUGUCAGGCAAAUCUCAGGUCAUCGUCUAAGGGCCAUUGAAAUUCAAUUAUUGUUUGAAAUAUUCCUAAUUACCUCCUCAUCUGUGUAAAUUGUAUACACUGAUUCAGAUCUCGUUGCUGGUGUUGUUUUAAACAGGCUGUGUAAUUGAAUACAUGUUUAAAUCUCAGUGUAUUAAUUACGCUGAAAUUGGACCCUGCUAAAAUGAAUGUAUUUAUCAAAUGAAUUAUUUAUCAAAUACAAUGGAUAUCUUUGGUGUCGAACUGAAAUAUUAAGUGCUAGCAGUCCUAGCAAUCCUAGCAGUCCUCAUUCUCUUUCUAGCUACAGUCAAGUAACCCUACUUCUUUCUCUCUCUUGUUCACAGAUAAGGAUGAGCCCAGUAUUUACACGUGUACGACCUGCAAGCAGCCUUUCAGCAGUGCCUGGUUCCUGCUCCAGCACGCCCAGAACACCCACGGCUUCCGAAUCUAUCUGGAGAGCGAGCCAGGCAGCCCCCUCACACCCAGGGUAGCCGCCCCACCCGGGAUGGGGGGCGACUGCACCUCCAAGCCCCCCCUCCAUGGUGUCCACCUGGCCGAUGGGAGCCCCUUCAGUCUGCUGAGAUUGCCUGGGUCCGGGUCUGGCCAGGAAGGGGCCGCCUCUGUCCCCCGCGAGGGGCGCUACCCCCGGACGCCUCCGCUGUUUAGUCCGCCUCCACGGCACCACCUGAGCCCGGAGAACCUGGCCACCAACCACCCGAGCGCCUUCGACAGGGUGAUGCGGCUCAACUCGGGGGCCCUGGACCCACCGCCUGCCAUGGACUUCUCAAGGAGACUGCGGGAGCUGGCGGGUAACCCUACGGGGGCCUCCCCGCCCCUGUCGCCCAACAAGCCCAGCCCUAUGCAACGGCUGCUGCAGCCCUUCCAGCCGGGCUCCAAGCCCCCCUUCUCGGCCACUCCUCCCCUCUCCACCUCCCAGUCGCCAUCGUCCGGCUUCCGCUCCACCCCCAACCCGGCCCAGCCUACCACGCCGCUCAAGGCCAAGUCGUGCGAGUUCUGCGGGAAGACCUUCAAGUUCCAGAGCAACCUGAUCGUGCACCGGCGCAGCCACACAGGAGAGAAGCCCUACAAAUGCCACCUGUGCAACCACGCCUGCACCCAGGCCAGCAAGCUGAAGCGCCACAUGAAGACACACUCUCAGAAGAACUCCCUCAAUGCCAAGUCGGAUGACUGCCUGUCCACCGCCAGCUCACCCGACCCGGGCACCAGCGACCUGGUGGGCAGCGCUACCAGCGCCCUCAAGUCCGUGGUGGCCAAGUUCAAGAGCGAGAACAAUGGGCUGCUUGAGAAUGGCGAGGAGGAGGAAGAGGAAGAAGAGGAGGAGGGAGACGAAGAGGAAGAGGGAGAGGAAGAAGAAGAGGAGGAAGAGGUGGAGGAGGAAGAAGGAGAGGAGGUAGAGGAGGAGAUGGAGACUGAGGAAGGUGAGAAGAAUGACUUUCGUUUCAGCCUGCUAUUGGAAGGGGCCCGGCACCACUUGAACAGCCAGGCCCUCCACCCCCACUCCCACCCCCACCGACGGAGCACCCCCCGGGACGCCUGUGACGAGGACUUGACCCUGGAGUCGGACCGGGCCGAUGAGGUCUGCGGCACCACCCCAACGGCCAACGGCCUGGGUCCUCUCUCCAACGAGGCCCUGACCAGGAAACUCCUGAUGGGGAGUCCCGGCUCCCUCAGCCCCCUGACCAAGCGUAUCAAGGUGGAGAAAGACCUGGAUCCUCCCACGCCCACCAUCCCCAACACGGAUAACGUGUACUCCCAGUGGCUGGCGGGCUACGCCGCCUCCCGACAACUCAAGGACCCCUUCCUCAGCUUCGGAGAGUACUCCUCCAGACAAUCGCCCUUCGCCACCUCCUCCGAGCACUCCUCUGAGAAUGGCAGCCUGCGCUAUUCCACGCCUCCCGGGGAGCUGGACGGCGGCUGCGGGGCCUCGGGCCGCAGCGGGACGGGGAGUGGGGCCAGCACCCCUCACCUGUCGGGGAGCGGCGGGCGCCCCAGCUCCAAGGAUGGCAGCCGGCGGAGCGACACGUGCGAGUACUGCGGCAAGAUCUUCAAGAACUGCAGCAACCUGACGGUGCACCGGCGCAGCCACACAGGAGAGAGGCCCUACAAGUGUGACCUGUGCAGCUACGCCUGCGCCCAGAGCAGCAAGCUCACUCGCCACAUGAAGACCCACGGACAGAUGGGAAAGGACGUUUAUAAAUGUGAAAUCUGCCACAUGCCUUUCAGUGUGUACAGCACUCUGGAGAAACACAUGAAGAAGUGGCACAGCGAUCAACCCAUGCCAACCACCCUGGAAAUUAAGACUGAGUAG